GAGGCAUCAGUUUGUGUACAGGCUACAUCCCUUGUGUCCGGCCUCCUUCCAUUUUACCCAGGAUUAACGCAUUUCAUUCUUUGGAGUUUUAGUCGGACGUGUGGAUAGGCCGUUCGAGCGUUAACGUUUGGAAUUUCAAAGAUCUGCUAAGUACCUGACAGAGUUUCCUCCUUCAUAAUGGCGGACGAAGAAUCAUUUGAAGCCGGACAAGAGGAGGAGUCGCCCGCUCCACCUCAACAAGAGGCUACUUCUGCACCAGAUGAACAAGUCAGUCAACAACAUGGGGAUGACAACGAGGCAAGAAAGGCCAUGGAGGAUGCCAAGAAGCUGCGCAUAGAGAAGCAGCAGCAGGAGAUGGAGGAGUAUGAGGAAAUGAGGCGUGAAGCUCGUGAGAAGGAGGCUCAGGAAAUCCAAGAGCUGCGAGAGAGAAGGGAGAGACGCAAGGCUGAACGCGAGGCUGAGGAGGUUCGCCUGGCAGAGUUGAGAGCUCAGGAAGAAGCACGCAGGAAGGCAGAAGAGGAAGUAAGAAAGAGGAAGAAGACAGAAGAAGAGGCCAGAAUCAAGGAAGAGAAGGAGAGGAAGAAGAGAGAGGCUGAGGAGAGACUGAAGAAAUCAAAGAAACCCAACUUUGUUAUCACAAAACGUAGCGACUCUGAAAAGGGAUCGGGAGGGCCCGAACGAGGUGUACUUGAGCCCUUGAACGCAGAUGACAUGCAGAAAUCCAAGGAACAGUUAGAGGAAGAAAAACGCGCCAUCUUGGCCCAGAGAAUCACCCCUCUUGCAGUCGAAGGAUUCACCAGUGACAAGCUCCUUACGCGCGCCAAGGAUCUCGUGGAAACUAUCCGUCGCCUGGAAGGGGACAAGUACGAUCUUGAACAGAGAUUCAAGAGACAACAGUACGACAUGAUCGAGUUGGCCGAGAGAGCCAGACAAAUGAACAAAGGGAAAGGCAAACGAGGAGUGUCCUCAGUACAGGUUGACGAAUCGUUUGAUCGUCUUGCUGACAAAUUCACCAGUGCACCACCCAAAAUCCAACUGUGCAGUAAAUACGAGCGCCAUACCGACCACAGAACAUACAACGAGAGAGCCAAGCUGUUCGAGGAUUUGGCGAUCGAACCCCCACCGCCGGAGAUCCAGCACGUUCAGACAGGGGAAGCAGAAGAGGAGGGUGAUGAAUAGACACCCCUGUCUGCGAAUAUCCUCAGGUCUAGGGUACUGUAUAAAAGCCGCAGUAGCGAGCCCUGCUUUGCCUCUUCGCCUAUCUGUGGAUGCAAGUCAAACCUUUCUAGUGCAGACUCCGAAACAUCAGAUACAAUUGAAAGACCAAAAAACUGCAUCAUGUAUAUAUUCAAUUUUCGCCCUAGACUUUGUAAAAAGCUGUACGUCAAUGCCUUUCUUUUCGCGACAAUAUCAUGUGCAAUACGUUUCCAUGGGCACAUGAAAUGUUCCUUGACGGAAUACUCACUUGUAAAGGAUUUCAGUUUGUCUUCCUGGUUCAACUUGAAUAAUUUACCCUUAGCUUUGUGCCGACUCUGUGAUCAAUACUAGUUAAUAGAACACUUCACUAAGGGAUUAAAUUUGGUUAUCAAUCUGUACAUUGGAAUUUUGUGUAUUUAUUGUGAUUUCUGCGUGUCCUCCUUGACCAAACACGGGGAAACGGGAUCCCUGGCCGUGACCUGCUCGCUGGGAAAGCCCCUCUGAACCGCAGUAUGAUCCAUGGCCCCCAACACCAGACUGUCAGCUGGAAUAUCGAAACAAUUUCACAGCGUUGCAUGAAUGGUUGGUAUUAUCAACGCUACGUCACAGCCAGGGAAACUCGUUCACCCAGACAAGGUUUCAAGAGUCAUAUCUAAUUUAUUGAGUGAUGUCCUCAUAGAUGCCCUAAACGCUGAAAAGACUUCAGUUGAAUAAACUUGAUGGUUGAUUUAGCACA